CGCGGACAGCGCCUGACGCCGGGCCCGAGGCUAGGAGGGAGCGCGCGGAGCCCGGAGCGGCCGGAUCAGGAGCAUGGACAGACACCAGUGCUCGGCGUCCAGCCCUGCCCUGCGGCGGUGCCUGCUGCUGGGGGCUGUGACAGUGGGGCUCCUGGCCCAGAGCGUCCUGGCGGGCGUGAAGAAGUUCGACGUGCCCUGCGGAGGGAGAGACUGCAGCGGGGGCUGCCAGUGUUACCCCGAGAAGGGGGGACGGGUAAGUCACAGCGUCGUGGAAACGGGACUCUUCCGUAGCUUCUGUUCCAGACAAAAGUGCCUUCCAUCUCCUGACGGGGUCAAUCCCAUGCUUUCCUGAGAAAUUUAAUACAGACGUACUCUUCCGUAUCAGAACAAAUGAUAACAUAACGCAAAAUUUGGUCCAGGUAUACCACGCUCUGAAUAGAGAACGGUAACUUUCUCACAUGUCUCUUGUUCAUCGUUGGGAAUUAGAUAUGUAUAUAUAAUGCAACUGCGUUUUAUAGGUAACCAUGUAUUCUGUAAAAAUAUUACAUAAAGAAAGCAUGGUUGUGUCUACCCCCCACUACAGAUAUUCCGACCAGAGGGCACGAGCCUCCUGCCAUGGAGAAUCAGUCUCGCUUUCAAAAUUAGUACUCCUCCCCCCAAAUGUCCUUUAUGUAUCGAAUUUCAUCAGAUAGGUCGGAGAGAAAGGUCAGUCCCCAUCGUGGCCAACACACCUGACACCACCUGCAUUACGGUCUGAUACUGAGUUUAACGUGUUCCAAGUGACGGGCUUUCCUGUUGCCAGCGAAGCUGAUGUUUGGGUCGCGGCUUUACUGAUUUUAAAAAGACAUUGUUUCUAUUUCUCUGUGUAAGCCCACCUCGUAUGGGGAGCAGUAUUUCGUUUUAUGACACAGUCUUUUGAGUCUUCGUGCCUUGGGAUCCCACUUCCCUAGGGGACUCCUGCCCGUCCAGGGCCAGAUUGGGAGAGGUGGUUGGGAGGUGUUGGCCUGUGCCCCCUGUCCCUGUCGCUUCAGAAAUUACAGCACCCCGUGGGUGUUCCAAAUGCGCCUCACCAGCCCGAAUCCUGUGGUCAGUGUUUACGGUCCCCAUUCCCACCCUGCAGGAGGAGGACUCGUCUCGGUGGAGCUUGGCCUCUUGGGCAUGAUGUCACACACCCUCUCCUACUUGAGUCCCCUCCGGAAGCCAAAUAAGCAAAACUCGCGAUAAGAAACCCCUUUACAGAUGUGGCGGUCCCCCUCCCUGCCGUGUGACUGCCCAACCUUCGUCCUUUCCAUGCCGAAGAUCACCCCUGAGGAGGCUUCGGUCCCCACGUGCUGGGACCUUCCUGAGCCACAGUCCUCAGGACAGCGCUAGUUGUUGAUGUCGUCAAGGGUCCUCUGCCUGGAAGGGGGACGUUAUGCUCUAAGAAUUGCUGAUUGAAGGUUAUGCAUCAGCAUUUCUCAAGGAUUGAGUAUUUUUUAAAUAUAUGGAAGCCAUUUGGUGAGAUUUAAAAUCCCCCGAGGACCCUUGCUAUAGAUUUUCCCAGCGAAGCUUCUGGAGUAGGGAUGACAAUGCCUCACUGCUGAGCUCUCCCCUCCCCGAGCGCUGGGCAGCCCAGCCUUAUAUGGGCAUGAGGAAGAUAAAUUAGUGGUUUACAAAUAUCUGUGGGACUCGCCAGGGUGGGAGGGAAUUCAGCUCCAGAGAGACUCUGCAUUCUUCUCCAUGUGAUCAGCCAAACAGAACCCAAACAGAGCACAAGGUUACUGGGUCUAUUCUUUUUCACUUUUUUUAUGAUUAUUUAAUGCAGAACUGAUCUGUUAACAUUUCCCGUAAUGGUUUUAUGUGAAUUUUGUUCUUCAGUAAAGAUGGUUCACUCUGAUUAUUUUUUUUUCAUUCAAGGAUAAUUAACGUACAGUGUUAUGUUAGUUUCGGGUCUACAGUAUAAUGAUUCACCAAUUG